AUAUCCAACCUUAGGCAAUUUAACAUUUGUUUCUAUCAGUAAAACCCCUGCCCUAGUCCGAUACAAAAACCCUACCGUUCUCUCCUUCUCCCUCUCCCUCUCCCUCUCGAGCAGCAACAACUAAAUCGCAGAGUCAUAGAGUUUCAGGGUAUUUUGCGUUUGAAGGAUACAAAACUGCUGUAAGCUAGAUGGGUGUGAAACAAGACGGUGGCACUAUUGACAUUGUGCCUGCAAUGGAACAGGAGAAGAUUUCUGAUGAGUUAGAUAAGAGAGUGAAGAAGUUUCUUAGAGGAGCAGAAGCAAAUUUGGAGGGCUUGAAAGAUAAGAAAUUGAAGGGUCAACUUGCUGUUAGAGAAGAAUUGUAUGGAAAAUCUGCACAAGCUGCUGCCAAGGCUGAGAAGUGGCUUCUUCCAAGUGAGGGAGGCUAUUUGGAGGCUGAAGGCAUAGAGAAGACAUGGAUGAUCAAACAAGAAUCAAUUGCUCGUGAAGUAGAUAUCUUAAGCUCAAGAAGUCAAUAUGAUAUUGUCUUACCAGAUCUCGGUCCAUACACGCUGGAUUUCACCUCAAGUGGUCGAUAUAUGGCAGUUGGCGGACGCAAGGGCCAUCUGGCUAUUCUAGACAUGAAAAAUAUGAGCCUGAUCAGAGAGAUUCAGGUUAGAGAAACAGUGCAUGAUGUGGCGUUCUUGCACAACGAAUUGUUCUUUGCUGCUGCCCAGAAAAAGUAUCCAUAUAUUUAUAAUCGCGAUGGUACUGAGCUUCACUGCUUAAAGGAACAUGGCGCAGUUUUAAGGCUUCAAUUUCUGAAAAACCACUUCCUCUUGGCAUCAGUAAACAAAUUUGGGCAUCUUCGUUAUCAGGAUGUAACAAUGGGCAGGAUGAUAGGUAGUUACAGGACAGGCUUAGGCCAUACUGAUGUGAUGCAGGUGAAUCCCUACAACGGGGUUGUUGCUUUGGGUCAUUCAGGUGGUAAAGUUUCCAUGUGGAAACCUACAAGCUCUGCUCCCCUCCUGCAGAGGCUGUGUCACAAGGGGCCCAUCUCAGCGAUGGCAUUUCAUCCUAAUGGCCAUCUCAUGGCCACAGCUGGGAAAGAGAAGAAAAUCAUGCUUUGGGAUUUGAGGAAACUUCAGGAUGAACCAAUUCAAACUUUACCGGGCCAUGCAUCGACUUUGGAUUUCAGUCAGAAAGGUCUGCUUGCUCGUGGGUGUAAGUCAUAUGUGCAGAUCCUGGGAGAUUUUUCUGGGUCUCAGAACUACGAGAAUUAUAUGGGCCAUAGAAUGAUUAAAGGUUACCAAAUAGGAAAGGUGUUGUUUCGACCUUACGAAGAUGUUCUGGGCAUAGGGCACUCCAUGGGGUGGUCUAGUAUUCUAAUUCCUGGUUCUGGGGAACCCAACUUUGAUACCUGGGUGGCGAAUCCAUUUGAAACAUCUAAACAGAGAAGAGAGAAGGAAGUGCACUCUCUACUUGACAAGCUCCCACCUGAAACAAUCAUGUUGAAUCCCACAGAGCUUGGCACCGUGAAGACUCAGAGGAGGAAAGAGAAGCGAACAAAGGAGGAGAAAGAGGCAGAGAUGGAAGCUGCUGUGGAAGUUGUCAAGGGCAUCGAACCGAAGAAGAAAACAAAAGGGAGGAAUAAGCCGAGUAAGAGGGCCAAGAAGAAGCAAGAGAUGAUUGUGAGUGCCAAGAGGCCUUUCUUGGAGCAACAAAAGAAAGAGGAAGAACAAGCUACUAGGAAGAAGCAGAAAGUAAGCGAGCAAGUAGAACAACCAACAGCUUUGCAACGGUUUGUUCGCAAGAAAGCAGCUACAUGACUGCUAAUCUAGGUAUCGUUUCUAUGUUGUAUUUUAUUUAUUUCAAUGUUACUCGUCAAUGAUUUUUCUUUUUGUAUUAGAGGUAGAAUGUGUUGCAAAAUUUUGUUUUCGUUUUAGAUAUUGGAAACUUCUCCUUUUCUGUAAGAAGAUAAACAUUCGAAAUUCUAUAUCCCGAAGGGAAUGUUUGUUUUCUA